AUGGAAUUCCCUUCUGGGAUCCUGCAAACUACCAACUUCCGUCGGUUCACUCCAGAGUCACUGGUUGAGAUUGAGAAGCAAAUUGCUGCCCAUGAGGCAGCAAAGAAAGCCAAAGGAAAGCAUAGGGAGCAGAAAGACCAAAAAGAGAAGCCUCGGCCUCAGCUGGACUUGAAAGCCUGCAACCAGCUGCCCAAGUUCUAUGGCGACCUCCCAGAAGAACUGAUCGGGGAGCCCCUGGAGGAUCUAGACCCCUUCUACAGCACACAUCGGACAUUUAUGGUGCUGAACAAAGGGAGGACCAUUUCCCGGUUUAGUGCCACUCGGGCCCUGUGGCUAUUCAGUCCUUUCAACCUGAUCAGAAGAACGGCCAUCAAAAUGUCUGUCCACUCAUAUCCUUUGUGGUUCAGUUUAUUUAUUACAGUCACUAUUUUGGUCAAUUGUGUGUGCAUGACCCAAAAUGAUCUUCCAGAUGGAGUUGAGUAUGUCUUCACUGUCAUUUACACCUUUGAAGCCUUGUUAAAGAUCCUGGCGAGAGGAUUUUGUUUAAAUGAGUUCACUUACCUGCGAGAUCCUUGGAACUGGCUGGAUUUUAGCGUCAUUACCUUGGCAUACGUUGGUGCAGCGACAGAUCUCCGAGGAAUCUCAGGCCUGCGGACGUUUAGAGUUCUUAGAGCUUUAAAAACAGUUUCUGUGAUCCCAGGGCUGAAGGUCAUUGUGGGGGCCCUCAUCCACUCGGUGAGAAAGCUGGCUGAUGUGACCAUCCUCACCAUCUUCUGCCUAAGUGUCUUUGCCCUGGUGGGCCUGCAACUCUUCAAGGGCAACCUCAAGAACAAAUGCGUCAGGAAUCACACAGCUCUCAACGAGGUGGUCAACUACUCAACUCACAGAGAAAAUUUCUACAUUAAUAAGCCAGGCACUUCUGAUCCCUUACUGUGCGGCAAUGGAUCUGAUUCAGGCCACUGCCCUGAUGGUUAUAUCUGCCUUAAAACUUCUGACAACCCAGAUUUUAACUACACGAGCUUUGAUUCCUUUGCUUGGGCUUUCCUCUCACUGUUCCGCCUCAUGACACAGGAUUCCUGGGAACGCCUCUACCAGCAGACCCUGAGGGCUUCUGGGAAAAUCUAUAUGGUCUUUUUCGUGAUUGUCAUUUUCCUGGGAUCUUUCUACCUGGUCAACUUGAUCUUGGCUGUGGUCACCAUGGCAUAUGAGGAGCAGAACCAGGCCACAAUUGAUGAAAUUGAAGCAAAGGAGAAGAAGUUCCAGGAGGCCCUUGAGAUGCUCCGUAAGGAGCAGGAGGUGCUGGCAGCACUGGGGGUUGACACAGCCUCUCUCCGUUCCCACAAUGGAUCACCUUUAACCUCCAAAAAUACCAAUGAGAGAAAGAACAGAAUGAAGCCAAGAGUCUCAGAGUGCUCCACAGAUGACAACAAAUCACCCCAACCUGACCCUUACAACCAGCGCAGGAUGUCUUUCCUAGGCCUCACCUCUGGAAGACGCCGGGCUAGCCAUGGCAGUGUGUUCCAUUUCCGGGCCCCUGGCCAAGAUAUCUCACUCCCUGAUGGAGUCACAGAUGAUGGAGUCUUUCCUGGAGACCACGAAAGCCAUCGAGGCUCCCUGCUGCUGGGUGGGGGUGCUGGCCAGCAAGGCCCUCGCCCUAGGAGCCCACUGCCUCAACCCCCCAACUCUGGCUCCAGGCAUGGAGUAGAUGGACACCCCACAUUGCCCACUAGUGAGCUUGUCCCUGGAGCCACUGAAGUCUCGGCAUUCAAUGCGGGACAGAAGAAGACUUUCUUGUCAGCAGAAUACUUGAAUGAACCUUUCCGAGCCCAAAGGGCAAUGAGUGUUGUCAGUAUCAUAACCUCCGUCCUUGAGGAACUCGAGGAGUCUGAACAGAGGUGCCCACCCUGCUUGACCAGCUUGGCUCAGAAGUAUCUGAUCUGGGAGUGCUGCCCCACAUGGGUGAAGCUCAAGACAAUUCUCUUUGGGCUUGUGACGGACCCCUUUACGGAGCUCACCAUCACCCUGUGCAUCGUGGUGAACACAGUCUUCAUGGCCAUGGAACACCACGGCAUGAGCCCCGCCUUUGAAGCCAUGCUCCAGACGGGCAACAUUGUCUUUACCAUAUUUUUCACUGCUGAAAUGGUCUUCAAAAUCAUUGCCUUUGAUCCCUACUAUUACUUCCAGAAGAAGUGGAAUAUCUUUGACUGCAUCAUCGUCACCGUGAGCCUGUUGGAGCUGAGUGUGGUCAAGAAGGGGAGCCUGUCUGUGCUGCGGACCUUCCGCUUGCUGCGAGUCUUCAAGCUGGCCAAGUCCUGGCCAACCUUAAACACACUCAUCAAGAUCAUCGGAAACUCGGUGGGGGCUCUGGGGAACCUCACCAUCAUCCUGGCCAUCAUUGUCUUUGUCUUCGCUCUGGUUGGCAAGCAGCUCCUAGGGGAAAACUACCGCAUCAAUCGGGGGAAAAUCUCCGCGCCCGAUGAAGAUUGGCCCCGCUGGCACAUGUACGAUUUCUUCCACUCCUUCCUGAUCGUCUUCCGGAUCCUCUGUGGAGAGUGGAUUGAGAACAUGUGGGCCUGCAUGGAAGUCGGCGACAAAUCCAUCUGUCUUGUGCUUUUCUUGACAGUGAUGGUGCUGGGAAACCUGGUGGUGCUUAACCUGUUCAUCGCCCUGCUGUUGAACUCUUUCAGUGCCGACAACCUCGCAGCCCCAGAGGACGAUGGGGAGGUGAACAACCUGCAGGUGGCCCUGACACGGAUCCGGGUAUUUGGCCUUCGCACCAGGCAGGCCCUUUGCGGCUUCUUCAGUAGGCCCUGCCUGCUCCCCCGGCCCAAGGUAGAGCCCGAGCUGGUGGUGAAGCUUCCCCUCUCCAUCACCAAAGCCGAGAACCACGUUGCUGCCAAUGCCGUCCUGGGGAGCCUGGGAGGGCUCCCGGCACCCAGAGGCCCCAGGGAUGAGUACAGUGACUUCAUCACCAACCCCAAUGUGCCGGUCUCUGUGCCCAUUGCUGAGGGUGAAUCUGAUCUCGAUGACUUGGAGGAUGAUGGUGAGGAGGAUGCUUGGAGCUCCCAGCAGGAUGUGAUCCCCAAAGGGCAGCAGGAGCAGCUGCAGCAAGUCGAGAGGUGUGAGCACCACCUGCCACCCAGGAGCCCAGGCUCUGGAAUGUCAUCCGAGGACCUGAAUCCAUACCUGGGUGAGAAGUGGAAAGAGGAGGAUGUUCCCCAGGCCCCUGCAGAGGGAGUGGACGACACAAGUUCCUCGGAGGGCAGCACGGUGGACUGCCCGGACCCUGAGGAGAUCCUGAGGAAGAUCCCUGAGCUGGCAGAUGAACUUGAAGAACCAGAGGACUGCUUCACAGAAGGAUGCAUUCGCCGCUGUCCCUGCUGUAAAGUGGACACCACCAAGCUUCCGUGGGCCACGGGCUGGCAGGUGCGCAAGACCUGCUACCGCAUCGUGGAGCACAGCUGGUUCGAGAGCUUCAUCAUCUUCAUGAUCCUGCUCAGCAGUGGCUCUCUGGCCUUUGAAGACUAUUACCUGGACGAGAAGCCCAGAGUGAAAGCAUUGCUGGAGUACACCGACAGGGUGUUCACCUUUAUCUUUGUGUUUGAGAUGCUGCUCAAGUGGGUGGCCUAUGGCUUCAAAAAAUACUUCACCAAUGCCUGGUGCUGGCUGGACUUCCUCAUUGUGAACAUCUCACUGACAAGCCUCACAGCGAAGAUCCUGGACUAUUCUGAGAUAGCUCCCAUCAAAGCCCUUCGGACUCUCCGUGCCCUGAGGCCGCUGCGGGCUCUGUCUCGAUUUGAAGGCAUGAGGGUGGUGGUGGAUGCGCUGGUGGGUGCCAUCCCGUCCAUCAUGAAUGUCCUCCUCGUCUGCCUCAUCUUCUGGCUCAUCUUCAGCAUCAUGGGCGUGAACCUCUUCGCAGGGAAGUUUGGGAGGUGCAUCAACACCACCAAGGAAGAUUUUUCUCUUGUGCCUUUGUCAAUUGUGAAUAACAAGUCUGAUUGUGUGAUUCAAAACUACACCAGCAACUUCUUCUGGGUCAAUGUGAAAGUCAACUUUGAUAAUGUUGCAAUGGGUUACCUUGCACUUCUUCAGGUGGCGACCUUUAAAGGCUGGAUGGACAUCAUGUACGCAGCUGUCGAUUCCCGAGAGGUCAACAUGCAGCCCAAGUGGGAGGACAAUGUGUACAUGUACUUGUACUUUGUCAUCUUCAUCAUUUUUGGCGGCUUCUUCACACUGAAUCUCUUUGUUGGGGUCAUAAUUGACAACUUCAAUCAACAGAAAAAAAAGUUAGGGGGCCAGGACAUCUUCAUGACAGAGGAACAGAAAAAGUACUACAACGCCAUGAAGAAACUGGGCUCCAAGAAGCCCCAGAAGCCCAUCCCACGUCCUCUGAACAAGUACCAGGGCUUCGUCUUUGACAUUGUGACCAGACAAGCUUUUGACAUCGUCAUCAUGGUUCUCAUCUGCCUCAACAUGAUCACCAUGAUGGUGGAGACUGACGAGCAGAGUGAAGAAAAGACAAAAGUCCUUGGCAAAAUCAACCAGUUCUUUGUGGCUGUCUUCACGGGCGAGUGUGUCAUGAAGAUGUUUGCCUUGAGGCAUUACUACUUCACCAAUGGCUGGAAUGUGUUUGACUUCAUCGUGGUGGUUCUCUCCAUUGCGAGCCUGGUGUUUUCUGCAAUUCUCAAGUCACUUGAAAGUUACUUCUCCCCGACACUCUUCCGGGUCAUCCGCCUGGCCCGAAUCGGCCGCAUCCUCAGACUGAUCCGGGCAGCCAAGGGGAUCCGCACGCUGCUCUUUGCCCUCAUGAUGUCCCUGCCUGCCCUCUUCAACAUCGGGCUACUGCUCUUCCUCGUCAUGUUCAUCUACUCCAUCUUUGGCAUGUCCAGCUUUCCCAAUGUGAGGCAGGAGGCUGGCAUUGAUGACAUGUUCAACUUCCAGACCUUUGCCAACAGCAUGCUGUGCCUCUUCCAGAUCACCACGUCAGCUGGCUGGGAUGGCCUCCUCAGCCCCAUCCUCAACACGGGGCCCCCCUACUGUGACCCCAAUCUGCUCAACAGCAAUGGCUCCCGAGGGAACUGCGGGAGCCCAGCUGUGGGCAUCAUCUUCUUCACCACCUACAUCAUCAUCUCCUUCCUCAUCGUGGUCAACAUGUACAUUGCAGUGAUUCUGGAGAACUUCAAUGUGGCCACAGAGGAGAGCACCGAGCCCCUGAACGAGGACGACUUUGACAUGUUCUAUGAGACCUGGGAGAAGUUCGAUCCCGAGGCCACCCAGUUUAUUACCUUCUCUGCCCUCUCCGACUUUGCAGACACUCUCUCUGGUCCCCUGCAAAUCCCAAAGCCCAAUCGGAAUAUAUUAAUGCAGAUGGACCUGCCCUUGGUCCCUGGAGAUAAGAUCCACUGUUUGGACAUCCUUUUUGCUUUCACCAAGAACGUGCUAGGCGAAUCCGGGGAGUUGGAUUCUCUGAAAGCAAACAUGGAAGAGAAGUUUAUGGCAACUAAUCUUUCAAAAUCAUCCUAUGAACCAAUAGCAACCACCCUCCGGUGGAAGCAAGAAGACAUUUCAGCCACUGUCAUUCAAAAAGCCUAUCGGAGCUAUGUGCGGCACCGCUCCUUGACACUCUCCAACCCUCCACGUGUGCCCAGGGCUGAGGAGGAGGCUGCCUCACUCCCAGAUGAGGGCUUUGUUGCAUUCAUGGCAAAUGAAAAUUGUGUACUCCCAGACAAAUCUGCAACUGCAUCUGCCACAUCUUUCCCGCCAUCCUAUGACAGUGUCACUAGAGGCCUUAGUGAUAGAGUCAAUAUGAGCACAUCUAGCUCAAUGCAAAAUGAAGAUGAAGCCACCAGUAAGGAGGUGACUGCCCCUGGGCCCUAG